GUUCCAAACUAUCGUCCAUAUCAUGGAUCGAUGAUGUCAUAUUCAUCUCAAGCACCCUCUUAUUCUUCUACUCCAAUGGGUAAUGAAACUAAUACGAAUGUUGGAGCAACUGAAUUUCCCGAAUUUUCUACACAAAUGGCUCUUGGUGGUAUGAGCGGUGUUCAUGAAGCCAUUCGAAAUGAAGAGGAUUCAACUCCUACUCGUCCGAGAAGCUCCAAAUGGACCACUGAACAAAAUUUGGUGCUACUGAGUGGGUGGAUUAAAUAUGGAACAGAUAGCAUCGUAGGUAGAAACCAAAAAGGUGAUUCAUAUUGGUGUAAAAUUGCUGAGUACUGUAAUGAGCAUGGCUCAUUUGAUACUCCGCGUGAUGGAGUUUCGUGCAGAAAUCACUACAACUACGUGAACAAAAGCUUGGGCAAAUGGGUUGGCGCUUACGAUAACGCUAAACGCAUGCAACAAAGGUGGCUCGCAAUCCGUGAUCAAGCACGUUAUGGUAGUCAAGUAGGAGGAAAUACUGGUUCUGGAAGCAGUGGAUCUAAGAGAGCCCACGAGAGUGAUGCUAGUGACGCUACCAACUCUGUAGGAUCUAGUGCUCGUCCAAUGGGGAGGGAUGCUGCUAAGAAAAUAGCUAAAAAGAAAGGUAAGGGCGUAGCUUUGGAAGUGGUCAACGAAGAAUAUAAUGAAUUCAAACAAUUAAAGACGCAAGAGUUGGAUUGAUUGAAUAACAUAGCCAUGUUGCA